UUGACAGUAUGACAUUACAAUCGUAUUUACACCCCGGCAGAACAGAGCCUACAGAGGAGAGACAGAGACAGCAGUGCUCCUAGUUUCCGUCAGGAUUUCAGGAAUGAUUUGUAUUUAAAGUGGUUUGUUUUCAGGUUGUCGCCUACAGUCUCGUCUCCUGGUUGCCACAACUGAGGCGGUGCUUGGCAGCACAGUCGUAGGUGGAGAAAAGCUGCCAGGACAGGAAUUUUAACUGCAUCGUGUCCUCCUGCAGGAGCAUUUUAAAGCUCCCAGUAGGCUCAUUAGGACGGACAUGGCCGAUACUUUGAGGAGACUGACCCACACAUCCCCUUUCAGCGUCCUGCAAGAUAAACUUGAGAGCUGGCACAGAGACUACCAUGUUAUUUCCUGUGACAACAAUCUAAAUAGAUGCUGUGAACUGAUUGAACUAACCGCAAAGGUCCAAGGUCAACUGUUUACCAUCCUUAACCACACAGCUGCUGAAGGUGGACACUAUGCUGGAGUGGACACUCUCAAAACUCGCCUGCUGCCGUGGCUUGGAACCUGUUUCUCCAUGGCCAGGCCCGUGGUCUCUGAUGACACCAGUCUGCAGCUCAUCCAGGAUUCAGUUGAAAAGGACCGAAGGAUCAGGGAGCUCUCUGCCUCCCUUGACAGUGACAUACAGAGGAAGGACACCGAGCUGUGCUCCACUCGCCUGCAGUUGGACUCCAUGAGAGCAGAAUUGGUCGAUACUCAGCAGGAACUGGAUGUCACAAAGAGAGAGUCAGCAACUACUCUGCUGGCAACUGAAGAAGAAAUAUUGCAACUGAAAGCAGAUUUGAGAUCCGCACAUGAGCAAGUGGAGAGUUAUCAAAGGAAGAUGGCGACCUUCAUUGAUUAUGAGCGGCAGAUUCGCCUGCUCAAAGAUGAAGUGUCUUACCUGAGCACAGACAAGACCGUGCUGCAGGAGAGGUUGGUGAGGAGUCGUUCUCCGAGCCCCUUGCCGAGGCUCAGUCGCUCUUCCAUCCCGAUGAGGAGCGAGUCGCCCACCAGAGCGCAGCUCACCAACUCCUCCCGCUACGCACGCCUCAUAUCACGCUUCAAUGACCUGUAUGCGGUGGAGCGGCUGGAGGCCCAGGUCAUUCUUCAACGCCACAUUGAUGACGUGGAGAUGGUCCAGAAAGUCAUCUUCAUUGCCGUCGUGGAAUCAUUUAAGACAGCAAAACUGGCUUACCGUCAGUUCAAGCUGCGAGUGAGAAAGACAUUGUCCCCACACUUUGGGUUAGAGUACCUGGAGGAUGCAGCAGUGGACUACAUCGUCAGAAACCUGGACCUCUAUGACAUUCAGGCCAGCAUCAAUGAUGUGAUCAAUGCCAUGAAUGUGAACCCUCGGAUCUCUUUUCCGCCAGAGGUGGACUUUUUCCUCAUCAGUACCUUGAUCAGGGAGAUGUGCAGGGUGGCGUUUGCCAUGCAGACACUGGACCCCCCGCUUGACUUUUCCUUUGCUAGCGAUGGAGAACUUUACAACGACCGCAAGUACCGCCGUAGCUAUGACUCUGAGUUAACUGCUCCUCUGGUGAUGUACCAUGUGUGGCCUUCCCUGUUGGAAGGAGAUGCUGUGGUAGUGAAGGGCGAGGCUGUGACAAGAAGGGGUGCUGUGUGGAGUAGAAGCAGGAGCACCAGCCCUGUGCGCUCUCGCUCACUCAGCCCAACUCGCAGUCUUGCAUUUCUUAAAAAAAGAAGCCUGUCUCCUGGACGUCUCAGAGCGAGUCACCUGUGAUCUCCGGCCUCUCUAUCAACAGUAACUUACAACUUUACAUCAUAUCAUUAAAAUAAACGUUAAAGUAUUAUUAUUUGUAUAUUCCUUUGUGCUUACACCAAAUAAAGCAAUGAAUUCCUUAGAGACUCAACCACCCAAAGGCUUUCUAGAGUUUACAAAUCUGGGGCAUUUUGAUGGGACUUUGAGGUACUUGAGGUCAGUACCUGUAGAUUAUAGGUAAAGCAAAAGCAGUGUGGCAGAUUACUGAGCAUUCGUCUUAAUUGACUAUAUUAACUCUAAGAUAGAUAAUACUAACAGUAUUUUAGUAAUAGUUAGAAACCUUAAAGUGCAUUUUUCAGAGGGAAACUAGUCUUGCAGCACUUUCUUAGUCUUACAUAUGCAUUGAGAAAAACAUAUUCAGCCUCUACUCCUCUCUUUGCUUUUGACCAAAAGUCUAAGCGAAAUUCUUUAGGCGUAUUGCAGGACAUAUGGUGCUUAUGACCGGUGCUAACUCCUCCAGUACUUGAGUGACAGAUUAUUGGUUAUUGUGAUUUUUUGUAUCAAUUGUUGCAGUGUUUUUUUACUUUUUAUUUUCCUCUUUUGGUGCUGUUUUGUAUUCUUUGAGAUAAAUGAAUAGUAAAAUCAUACGUUUAUGACAGGAAUAGCGUUAGUUAUUGUGAACAAGAAUGGGACCGGUAGCUAGUCAGUAUGAAUUCAAUAUGAGACUUAUUUAACAUUUACAACUUUUUAUCUCUUUAAUUGAUUAACAAAUAAAGUUGAUGCAGUUGAAUUAAUACAUGUUGAUUUCACUAUGAUUUGAUUUGAGUUGUUUGACGACUAUAUGUAUAGACCGUGUCUUUUGUGAUUGAUUGCUUUUUUAAAGAUGAAAUUACAAACCUUUA